CCCUCAUAGAGUUUCAGUGUCCCAUUUCAGAGAGACGCCAUUCCCCACUAACACCUGCAAAUGGCUUUCCCAAGCUGGCUACUUUUCUCCUUCGUCCUUCCCUCCUUUCUCCAGGCACAGGAUCAGCCUGCUCACCGCAGGUUUGAGUACAAGUACAGCUUCAAGGGACCUCAUGUCACUCUCCCCGAUGGAACCGUGCCCUUCUGGGACUUAUAUGGAGAUGCCAUUCCUGGUCCAGAUGAGGUCCGUCUUGUCCCAUCUCUGAAACAUCACAAAGGAUCAAUGUGGACCCAACUUAAUGCGUCUUUUCCACACUGGGAGGUGGAUGUGUCAUUAAAUAUUGUGGGACGUACACGAGAGGGUGCAGACGGACUGGCCAUUUGGUACACGAGGGAACCAGGACAGACAGGUACGGUUUAUGGCUCCGCUGACCAAUGGGAUGGAGUAGGAGUUAUAUUUGAUACCUUCGACAAUGAUUUUAAGGGGAAUAACCCAGCAAUAUUAAUUAUAGGGAACAAUGGAAAACUCAAUUAUGACUAUUCACACGAUGGAGUAAGUCAGGCUCUAGGCUCCUGUGUGUUGAAUUUCAGGAAUACGAUUCGUCCAUUCAGAGCAAAAAUCUCUUACUUUAAGAGGACAUUACGAGUUGCUGUACACACCGGCCUGACCCCAGGAGAUGACACAUAUGAGCUGUGUGCUCAGGUUUCAAACAUGGUAAUUCCUUCCACUGGUUACUUUGGGCUCUCUGCGUCUACUGGAUUCCUGGCUGAUGACCAUGACGUGUUUUCCUUCAUGAUAUACAGUCUAAGCAGAACCUGGGAGGAGUCUCCCUCAGCACAGAUACCUGAUGCUGAAAAAGAUGGCUUUCUCCAGGAAUUUGAAGAGUUUCAGAAAGAGCUUGAAAAGAACAUGCGAGAAUUUGAAAAGACUCACCCUAAACAAGGUGAGGACCUGUUUGAGUCUGACAGUCAACGGGAGUUGGAUAUGAUCUUAGCUGGGCAGGCUCGAGUGCUAGAGGAGAUAUCUAUACUGAACAAGAGAUUAAACAUGACUCUGGAAGAGCAAAUAAGGCAGAGGGAUAUCCUAAGUCGAUCUGCAGCUAAUGAAACCACAACUGUGAAAAAAGACCACGCCCACGGUGCCCUGGAAACCGUAAUGAAUGGGAUCCCGGAUCUUCUAGCCAUGACGCGGGAUCUGAAAAGUGACAUUUUAAAGAUGGCAGCCAAGGCCAAACAUCCGACUUCGUCAUCAGGAAAAGAUAGUGGCUCCCUCAGUGCAAGUAACGUUAGUGAUUUCCAGCAGGACUUCCUGAAAAUUAAGAGAAAUCUGCAGAGUUUGGUCAAAAAUUCGGACAGCACACAGAAAUCCCCCUGUCCUACGGACAUCGUACAAUCAUCUUGUUUGUCUAGUGGUGUUUUUCUGACAUUUCUGUUUCUGCAGACAGUGUGCAGUGUGAUAUACAUGUUAUUCAGCAAGACUGAUUCAACCACUAAAAAGUUCUACUGAAAAUGAGAAGGUUAUGUAUCGGAAUUCCGUCAUCCAGCUGCAUGGAAGCAAGAUUCCAAAACCACAACUGAAACAGAUUGUCUGCCACGAAUGGGUGAAGGGAUUCUUCACCAUAAUUCAAUAGUUAUGUUUGAUGUAGAAACUAAAUAACUAUGUUUAUAUAUACAUUUUAAAUGACUUUAGUAAAAUAUUAACCUUA